CGGGAAACCAGAAGUUUUAAAGAUUUUCAAAAACAAGCUUCCUUAUACUGAAUUUAAGACGUACCUCCAGGUUAGUUACUAACCUACCAACAGCCGAAUAUCACAAUGUCAAGUCCUCAUGAAAAGUUCUUCUAUGAUGUCUAUAGUGUUCUAAGUCAGUGGGAGUUUAUAAUUCUUCGCAUCCAGACAAUACUUCUGUGGGAGCGUAUAGUCCCAAGUUUUGUUUUCACAGCAUUUGUACACCUUGUGUUCUUAUCAUUUGUAAAUAGCAACUUCAGUACACUGUUUAUUUUCUGUCUGGCGUUGUUUCUUGUACUAUUAUGCAACCUCUUACAACCUCUAAUGGCAAAGCUUUUUGAUGAUUCUAAGCCUUCACCUGGUUCAUUCUCAGAACUUGUUACCGUUUGUCUGGAAAAUGGAAGCAUCAUGUCUGCUAUUGAUCUUAGCCAUUGGAUAUCUAGCUGUCUUUAUGGUCUACUUAAUAUUGCAAAUAAACUUGCCCCGUGUCAUCGAAAUCAUCCUUUCUCGUUUUUCAUUAUUUCAAGUACUGCCAGCAUUGGAUGUAUCAUACUUAGCCUGUAUGUUUCUGGCGUCACUUUAGCUUAUAUAACUCUCAAUAUUUGUCUAAUUCUACCAACUCUAAUCCAUCAUCGUGUAAUUUCUCGUGCCUGGAAUGCAAUCAAACCUAUUUUAGCGCGUAUUGAAGCGGAAUUCGAUAAAAACCCUCUGGAAUCCCCGGAAGAACGUGAUGCUGGUGAACGAGAAAUCUAUGAGCCAAUUGUUGCUGCUGCAAAUGCUGCAAGUUCUUCUGUAUGCCCUAGUGGAUUUCCAACAGAUCUACCCAUAAAACAAGAAUCUGACGAAGUAGAAUCAGAUGAAUUAGAUAAUUCUGAAGCGGUGUUUAUCAAACAAUUUGUUUCUGAUAUUAGUUCUGAAGAGCUGGAUCGUUUGUUCUCUGAAGCCCUUGGUGAAAAUGAAUAUACAAGACGAAGCACUACCAGCAGACGUAGAACAUACGUCAAUACUACUACUACUAAUAAUAAUAAUAAUAAUGAUAAUACUAAUAAUAACAAAAAUAAUAAUUAUAUCAUUGAUUCCUCAGACUCGAAUGAUUCCGACUAUCCGUAUAUGUUGAAACAAGAAAUCAAAGAAGAAUCUCGUUCAUCAAUUGUAUGGGCAAUGGAAAGUGAAUAUGCCACAGAUGAUGAUGAAAGCAAUGAUAUCAUGGGUGAGGUUUAUCCAGUUCCGAUAACAAUGACUAAAGAUGUUGAACAUGAAGGAUUUGUAUUUGUAAGAAAACAAGAAUAAAAACAAACAAACAAACAUGUCGGUGUGUUUCCCCUAAUAUUUUUCUAUUACUACCUACUCUACCUUCCAGUGAUAAAUAAAAACACCGCCACGACCACCAACCGCCACUACCGCCGCCGCUCUUCCUUCUCAAGAUAUAUAACUAUACGCUUGCACAAGUAUGAUUUUAGCUGUAUUCUACUAUAUAGCUCUUUACUUUAUACAAUGACACACAUGCAUUUAGAUUGAAACAUGGAAAUGUUUUUCUCCCUCUCUCUUUUUUUUAUUUAAUUUUUAUUUUUAAAAAAAAUACCAAACAAGUAUUUCUGUAUUAUUAUUAUUAUUUUACUUU